CCGUAAUGUUUUACGGAGUAUAUUACGUAGUAUAUCUUAGCUCAAAAAAUAAUCUUGAGCUAAGAGCCUAAGAUCAUUUCUGGAAUUCUAUUCUAUUUUUCGUCUGUCCACAAAUGUGAUUAGAAGUAUUUCUCGUAUUUUUGGAAGUGUCAACUGCCAACUCAGUCCAGACCGAGAGAUAUCGACAUAGAAACUCGCCCAACUCACUGAGACGCGACUCGCUUGUGUAACCAAAGUCUUCCAUGGAUCGAGUUCUGAAAGCUGCGAGGACCUCUGGUUCACUCAAUUUAUCCAACCGGGCUCUCAGGGAAGUGCCAGGUGAGGUUUACCAAAGUCUGGAUGCAGUUGGUGGGGAGGAGAAAUGGUGGGAGGCAGUGGAAUUGCAGAAGUUGAUUUUGGCUCAUAAUGAUAUUCAAACAUUGAAAGAAGACAUCCGGAAUUUGCCUCUCUUGUCAGUGCUGAAUGUUAGUCACAAUAAGCUUUCAUGUCUUCCAACUGCUAUAGGAGAGCUUCCGAUGCUUAAGUCAUUGGAUGUGUCGUUUAACUUGAUCCAGAGUAUUCCAGAAGAAAUUGGAGCAGCAACCGCGCUAGUCAAGUUUGAUUGCUCAAACAACCAACUGAAUGAUCUUCCUGAUUCUCUUGGAAGAUGUUCAAAUUUAGCUGAGCUCAAGGCCUCAAACAAUAGCAUUUCUAGAUUGCCAGAAGAGGUUGCCAACUGUACAAAAUUAAUGAAGUUGGAAGUGGAGGGAAACAGGCUAUCAGUGUUAUCCGACAGUUUGUUUUCAUCAUGCAUAAUGCUUACGGAACUGAAUGCAUCUAAGAACUUGCUGAAAGGAAUUCCAGAAAACAUUGGAAACCUUAAACGAUUGAUUCGCCUGGAUGUCCAUCAAAACAGAAUUUCAUCAAUCCCAUCAUCGAUAAAGGGAUGUUCCUCUCUUUUGGAGUUUUAUCUAGGGGAUAAUGCUCUUACUUCAUUACCAGCAGAGAUAGGAGAACUGACUCAAUUGGGAUCACUUGAUCUGCACUCUAAUCAGUUAAUGGAGUAUCCAGUGGAGGCAUGUAAACUGCACCUGUCAGUCCUGGACCUGUCCAACAAUUCAUUGUCCGGUUUACCUCUUGAAAUCGGACUAAUGACAACUUUGCGAAAGCUUUUACUUGCUGGUAAUCCAAUGCGAACACUUCGGAGCUCAUUGGUGAAUGGACCUACACCAGCUUUACUAAAAUACCUUCGAAGUAGACUUCCAACCAAUGAAGACUUUGCUGCGAAAACACCUACAAAAGAUGAUGUGAUAUCGAUGGCUAGAAGAAUGUCCCUUACUUCAAAGGAAAUUUCUUUAGUAAAGCUUGGUUUGACAGCUGUCCCAUCUGAUGUUUGGGAAUCCAAUGAUAUCACCAAAGUUGAUCUUUCUGAGAACUCAAUAGAAGAGCUACCAAUUGAAAUUUCCUCUUGUGUUUCCCUUGUGGCUUUAAUUUUAUCAAAGAACAAGAUACAAAACUGGCCUAGUUCAAUCUUGAUGUCACUGUCCAGACUUGCAUGUUUGAAAUUGGAUAACAAUCCUCUAAGACAGAUACCAUCAGAUGGCUUCCAAGCUGUGGCAAAGCUUCAAAUUCUAGAUCUAACUGGUAAUAUAGGCUCUCUACCAGAAAAUCCAGCAUUCUCUUGCAUGCCAGACUUGCAGGAGCUUUAUCUGAGAAGGAUGUGUAUAUCUGUUGUUCCAUCUGAUAUAAUGAGCUUGAAGUGUUUAAGAAUUCUUGAUUUGAGCCAAAAUGCCCUUCAGUCAAUUCCUCAGGGAAUGAAAGAUUUGAGUUCUCUUACAGAGCUGGACCUUUCAGACAAUAAUAUUUCUACUCUUCCACCGGAGCUGGGCUUACUGGAGCCUUGCUUGCAAGUAUUGAAAAUAGAGGGCAAUCCAUUGCGGAGCAUCAGAAGGACUAUUUUGGAUCGAGGAACAAAAACUAUUUUGAAAUACUUGCAGGACAAAAUUGUACAGCAUUAACAAUUCUAAUUUGGUUGAGAUCCUUGUUUAGCUUUACCUUUUGGAUAUAAGGGUGGAAAAAGCCCUUUGUAGCUAUAGCUUAUAAUCUUUUAGGACCGUGUUUCAUGUUUCAUUGUUUCAUUUUUUGACUGGCAAAUGAAGUAAAAAUAUUGUGUGUUUGAGAUUGUCCGAAAGACACCCAUGGUAUAA